AUGGAAUUGGUGAAUACAAAUGAUGAAAAUUCAUUUGACCCGACGCCAAGAUUAAAAUCUAGUCCUAUACCAAUUAAAUUUCUUUCUUUUAAUGAAGAUGAUAGAAAGUGUUUUAAUUGUGGAGAAGAAUAUAUUAAGGCAGUUCUUUGUCAUAGGCAAAAAUAUUGCAAAAAAUGUUUAUCGCGUUAUAUUAAUGAUAUACCUGAUAAUAAUAAUACAUACUUGGACGUAUAUAUUUACACAAUGGAUUUGGAAUGUAGUGAUCAUGAAAUAAGUAGGACAAAAGUAUCACAAAAUAUUCAAGAAUGCUGUGGAAAUUGUGUGAGAAUUUUAUGUUUUAAACAAAUGGCUGGAUUUGUUGGAUAUUAUUCUAAUGAAAACACACUAUAUGAUAUACGUAAUAAGGUGAUUGAAAGUGAAAGUUAUUGUAAAUUAUGUGGAAAGCCAUUAUCACUCACAUAUAAAGUAUUAGAUGAUUUUUCAUUAUGUUCGGAUUGUUAUCUAAUUUCUUCUGAAUGGAUAGAAUCAACUUUGGUUAAAAAGCGAAUUUUGAUUCUUUACUUACCAUGGUGGCAUAAUAAUCUUAGUUGUAACGCAUGUUGCUCAAAGUUAACAUUUACAUCAGACUGUCAAAAGUAUUGUGCAAAUUGUUGUAUAUUUUAUGUUGGAUGCAGAUAUUGUUUAACAACAAACAUUAUUUUUGGACCUAUACUUGAAUCUAAAUGUAAAAAAUGUAAAAGAAUAUCACUUAUCAUAAAUAGUAGAGAACACAGCGAUAUUGAUGAUUUUCUUCUUAAUAAUGUUUUACACGGUGACUUUGAGUUACCUGACACUGUAAAUAUUGUAAAAAGUAUUGGUGAAAAUUUUAAUAUACGCGAUAUAUUAAAUACUCUAUUUAAAACACGAAAAAGUAAAUCACAAAUUAAUUGGACACCGUAUUCUCAAUUCGAAGAUGUAAAAGAAAUGACAAAAGGAGGUUAUGGUAUUAUACAUAAAGCGACUUGGUUAAGUAAUAAUGAAACUGUCAUUUUAAAAAGAUUUGAAAAUUCUAAAAAUAGUAGUAAAUAUUUCUUAAAUGAGUUAGAAUCAUAUCAACAUUGUAUUGACGAAUCACUUCGUGGUCAUAUAAUCAAAAUUUAUGGUUUUACAAGAGAUCCUGAAUCAGAAGAUUAUAUAUUAGUUAUGAAAUAUGCGUCAGAAGGAGAUUUACAUAAAUACUUACAAAAAAGCUUUAAAAAUAUUACAUGGAAUAAUCAAAAACUACGUAUAUUAUGGCAAAUUUCAGAAGGACUUGAACAUAUCCAUAAUCAUCAAUUUAUACAUCGAGAUUUCCAUAGCGGAAAUAUAUUAUUUGAUUUAUUUAAUGACCAAAAGAAAACUAAAGUAAGAUAUCAAUGGAAAAUUGGAGAUCUAGGAUUAUCACAUUCUGUAAAUAAUAAAUCAUCAAAUAAUGAAAUCUAUGGAGUUAUACCUUAUAUUGCACCAGAAAUAUUUAAAGGGUCAGCAUUUUCUAAAGAAGCUGAUGUUUAUAGUUUGGGUAUGAUUAUGUGGGAACUUACAACAGGUUGUAAACCUUUUGCUAAAGUUAAACAUGAUCAUAGUCUUAUUUAUAAAAUUCUUGAUGGAGAACGACCUGAAAUUACAGAAGACACACCAGAAUGUUAUGCUAAUUUAAUGAAAAGUUGUUGGGAUCCUGAUCCAAAAAAAAGACCUCCUAUAAAAGAAAUUCGUAAUACUUUUGGUAGUUGGGCUUUUAGAGGUAAAAAUAAAGCAGAAUUUGAUCAAGCUGAAGCAAACCGAAAAAAACUGAUUGAAUUGAAGAAGAUUGGACCUGAAUUUGCUGAAAAAUAUCACUCGGAAGCAAUUUAUACAAGUAGACCAUUAAGUGAUUUAAUUUCUAAAUGUUCAUCCAUUAAUUCAUUUUCAACAAUUUCAUAUGGCAAUAAACAAGAUUCUAAUUAUAUCUCACUUAAUGCAGUUACUAAAAGGUAUUAA